AAACUAAACACGAUCAUAUAUAAAUAUAUAUAUAUAUAUAUCAUACAGUGUUGGAUUUCGUUUUAGAUACCGGAUUCUACUGAAUUUCAGUUGCUUAAUCAUUACAAGUUCAUUUAUUUUUAGAAAAUACAAUUGUAGCGCAAGUGGUGAUCAUAGAGCAUUCGGCCCUAUGUAGGGAAUUAGUGAAGAAGUUGAUAUUUUUUGCGCUGUGAUAUCAGAAAAGAGAUUUAGUGAGGAAGUUGAUAUUUUAACGCCUGGACAAAGCAGUCAGUGUAAAUAAAAUGUUUGAUGUUUGUUGAAUAAGGAACGACAACUCAGGUAAAACUAUAUGACAAACGUUUUUACUCAUAUAGAUUAGGAUGUCACCUAUACAGCAGCUGUGUUUGUGUGUUGUGUUUCUCGUGGGAGUCUUUACCUUGUCUGAAUCCAUCAUGUGCUACCAAUGUGCUACCACUGACAUGUCAUCCGGCUGUGUCACUGACAUUGAGGGUCUCAUCAACGUUACCGCGGGUAACGAGAGCAGCUACCAGUACGCCAAGAACUGCACGGAUUCGAACCCGGAGUGGGACCGUUGUAUGAUAGAAACCUGGGAGACUGGAGGCAAACGGACCGUCUUCAACCGCGACUGCACCAGUCGUAACGGCUUCAUCAUCGUCGACGAGGGCCAUAAGUUCUACAACCUGCCCGCCAACAACUACACCACCUGUGAGUGGGUCUCCACCGUCAACCACUACAUCUGCUACACCCUCUGUAAGGAGGACUUCUGCAACGGCCCCCAGCCGCCCAAGAAGUCAGACUGUCCGGAGAGAAAUAGGAGUACAAGUUCUGAUGACUACUAUGACUAUGAUGUAGAUGAUCCUUGCGGUGGUCCUAACACUGUGUAUUUAUCCAAGGAAACCAUUUGGUUCGCGAGUUUGGUUGCCAUAUUCUUUAGUUUGUUAGCGUCAUUUUAAAUGUCCCUGCUGUUACGAUUAUAAGCGCAGAUUCUGAUCAAUACAGAUUCAUGCACUUCUGAGAAUAAUCAUUAGCGUUUCAUUAAAAACCAGAGUUUCUUUCAGGCAUCACUUCUGGGGUCUAGUGCCCCCUCCUCCACCCAAAG